AUGAUAUUUUAUAUUUUACAUGUUAUUAUUCAUAACUUCCAUUACAUGGAUAACAUCUAUAGACCAGUUGACUAUUUCGAACCAAAAUAUUUGUAUCAAAAAUAUAUUUUCUCAACAAUGGAAAUAACAUUUUUCUUUAACUUUCCUGUAACUAUUUGUGGAAUUGUUUUUAUGAAGAAACUGUUUAACAAUGGUUAUGUCGAUUUUUCAUAUCUAACGGCCUACAUAUGUUCUUCCUUAAUGACACUUAUGCAUUAUCGUAUAGAAAGUCCAACAUUAUACACGCCAUUAGUCAAUUUCAGUAUCACCGGUGAAGGCGUUUCUAUAUUCUUGUUUAUCUGUAUUACAUUUAUUAUCAAGCAAAGACCCGAAAAGAAAAAGCAUAAAUUAUUUAUUGGGAUAUCUAAGGCUUAUAGAAAAGUAUAA